CCUUUAUUUCUCUUUCAUUUUUUUCUCCCAGGGAAAGCAAAAGGCAGCAGCCCUGGUGUUUUCCAUGGAACAACCAUGAGCUGGACUUGGUUCCCAGGCUAUGUCCCCAGCGGAGCUGUGGCUUACUGGAACAGCUAUGCUAGUAGGACGGAAUAUCCCUGCAAGGUUUCAGGCUGUGCAGCUGGUUUCUACAGUCCCAACCGUGGUUCUUACUGCUAUUACCCAUAUGGAAACAAAGAACGCUCCACCACUCAGUUUUGGAUUUUGGUGAAUGGACAGGACUUUGAAUCACUGAUCUGGAAGGGAGGUUCAUGGGGUAGAGUCCCAUCCAACUCCAUCAACACCUGCACAGAUGUAAAAUUAUAUGUGGGUAAAAAUAGGUAUGGAUUAGGGAAGGUAGACAGUAAAAAUCAAGCCUUCUUCCUCGGUUAUAAUGGCAAGGAGUACUGGUAUAAAAGAUAUGAUGUCCUGACCAUUAAGAAAGACUAUCACUCUCAGAGCAUAUCCAAUGUCAGGUACAGGCUAAACCAGGGAUCCUACAGUGAGUCAGACAUGAGAUUAGCCUUCAGCAAACUCACCAAUAAAGAUUGUAGGGCAGUGAAGAAGACCACCACUUUGUCGGGAACAGUGACUUCUGAACAUACCUGGGAUGUUGGCAUGUCCAUCUCUCAGGACAUGAGCUUUAGCAUGACAGCAGGGAUACCUGGGGUCUUAGGAGGAUCGUGGAGCAUUUCAUUAGGGAAAACCUUCACCUGGAAUAAGGGUUAUAAAUACAGCCAAUCGACCACAUUUUCCGAGACACUCGAGGUUGAAGUCCCUGCUAACCACAUCUGUGAGUUGGUAGUGACUGGCACGAAAAUAAGAGGACAGGUUCCCUUCACUGCCACAGCCACCCGUUAUUACCGCAAUGGAAGCAGCCGAAGUGCCACCAUCCAAGGUGUCAGCCACAAUAUGGUUGGGGUAAGAAGAGAGUCACAGGUUGAGCGCUGUGUCCCCAUCCCAAAUGCUCACCCAUGUAAUACAUAGAUUGGGCUCCCUAAAAUGAUUUUCUAGCUAUAUUAGAAUGCAGCAAGAAUACAAAA